CGCAUUUGAGAAUAUUCCAAACGUACAGGAUCUUCUGGAAUUCUUUUUUAUCAAUUAUCCUGAUAAGAAAUCGCUUGACGAUUGGUUCUUAAAACAAUAAUGCAAUGUUAACCUCAUAAUAUCCCCAGUCCACCAUUUUCUCUCGCAGUUAAUGCGCAAUAUUUCACAAUUUACUACACAACCAACACGCAAAUGUAACAAGCAAUAAAACAAACUCACAUUUCAAACAUGGGUAACGCAGCCUCCAACACCUGGGCGAUGAACUACCGCCUCCUGAAGGGUAUCCACGACGACGCUUACAAACACAUCGACCGUGCGAUCACCCUCGAAGAACAAGAACAACCAAAUCAAGCGAUUGAAGCCUACAAAGCCGGAAUACUCACAAUUGAUAAGGCCCUGGACGUGGUGAUAGCAUGCCCGGAUAAUCCAGAUGACACCUGGAGGGAUGCCUGCACAAUGGUGCAGAAGAUGAAACAAUCCAGGGCUGAGGUUCUUCAAAGGAUCAAUGCAAUCACAUCAUCUCCAGAUUUUGUGCAGAUGGAACCACCUCCAAUGUAUGAUCAUGUUGUUGAUGGACAAGCAGAAUCACACAGUCCAGAGAGAUUGAGGACUUAUAGUGAAUUAGCAGAGGCUCUGGAUAAUCUGAAGAUAAUUACACCUCAAGGUGAGGCUGAUAUCCUCAUCAGUUGUGAUAAUGUUGUGCAGUACUUCAUAUCACCCAAUGGGAAUGGUACAGUUGAUCAAUUGGAACCUCAGAAGAUGAACAUUGCUAUUUUACAAGAUGGAUCCCAAAUGUUAUACUUCCUGCAGAUUGGAAACUGGAUCUACCCUUUAGUACCAGGUGUUUCCCCCUGUUACAGAACAGAAUACAGAGCUUUUAUAUUCCCUGAUGUGCAUUCAGCUGUAGAGGGCGCUUCUGUUGGUAUCGUCAUACCGAAAGACGCCGAUGCUUUAGUUCUUGAAAUCCUCGAAGAUAUCUUACUCGGCGUCCACACAGAUGAGAAAAAAGACAAACUUUCACGUCAAAGACGUGCUGAGCCACAUCCGCAACCAGGCAGUUCGGUUGCGAGUGGACUUGUCACAGGCGCUGGGUAUUUAUCUCGCGGGUUGAUAUUUACAGCGACCAAAGUCGGCGAUUUGUUGAACUACGGUACCCCGAAAGUAAUCGCUAAUAUAACUCCUGCGCAAACAUCGGAAGUACCAACAAAUGUUCGGAAAACUUUACAAAUCGCCGAGAAAGGCACUGGGAAAGCCGCGGAAGUUACCGGAGUAGUCGCGUCAAAAAUUGGGGUAGCGACCAAUAAACUAGGCCAAUUCCUAGCGCCGCAUAUUGAGCGUCAGGGAACUAAAUUAUUAACUACUGCGUUCAAUUACACCGAAGAUGAAGCUUCCAAUCGUGUAAAUGGAGUUCUCACAGUCGCAGCUGGAGCUGUUGAGGGUUUCGGCACAGUUUACCAGGGUCUGCAUCAGUCCGCCGCCAUCUUGGGCUCGAAUCUCAAAGAUAACAGCGUGAAAAUCGUCCAGCACAAAUAUGGUGAAUCAGCGGGUGCCUUGGCGAAUGACACGCUUGGAACCGUCGGGAAUGUGAUCAGCAUCCGCGGCAACGCGAAAAUAUUCACACCCAAAGGCCUGGCGAAGAGUACAAUAAAACAAACCGGCAAGGCGAUGAUCCGUAGCACUGCAGCGAGCGCCAUCAUGGCGAAUGCACAUGCUUCCGGUAGUAGUAAUAGUGAACAGGCGGUGGAACCAUCAUCCGGUGGUGGGGGUACUGUGGUGAAGAAGAGUGAUAGCCAAGAAAAAAUGUGAUUUUAAAAGUAUUUGCCUAUAUUCUCGGAGUGUUUAUACUCAAAUGAAACCGAAAACGAAUGAUAUUCGCAUUGUAAUUAACUCUGAAUGUUUAAAUUAUUUCUAUUAUAAUCAAAUAAAAUGAAUUCGUUUUCGAAA